GGUCGCCCCCCCUACUGGCCCCCGGGUUUGUGAGCUCGCGAGCGAGGGCGGUGCGGGCUCCCGUCUGUCCGACCUCGCUCCGGGAGCACUGGGUGGGCGCGGGCGCUGCAAGACCCUGGGUGGAGAAGCCGGGACCCACCCCGCCCCCCGCGGCCCCAGAGCUGGCAGCGCUGCAGGGUCCCUGCUGCACCACCCCCGGGAUCCCGGCAGCGCGGGGCCGGGGCCGGCUUUGCCGGAAUGACCCGGGAAACCCGCGGGGAUCCAGCGCUGGCGGCGGCCCGGAGGUGCGGGAUGAAUGAAAUGUUGCUGUCCCUGUCCCGAGCCCAGCCCGUAACCCUGAUACUUGGCUGGGACGCGAAGCCUUUAGGUGUGUGGCCCCAGGGGCUGCCAGGGCCUGUCUCGUCAGGCAGGUGCCUUCUGAUGGUUCCGAGUGGAGGCCUUGGAUUGUAGCUGGUGCCCAUCCGUCCCCCCCCUUCCUCCCUUCCCUUCCCUUCCCUCCUCAUCUCCGAGUCCCCCACCACACACACAUGUUCCGUAUCUGGACUCACUAAUGACAGCCUGGAUCAUCCUCCCCAUUAGCCUGUCCACCUUCUCCAUCACUGGGAUAUGGAUCGUGUACGCCAUGGCAGUGAUGAACCACCACGUGUGUCCCGUCGAGAACUGGUCCUACAACGAGUCAUGCUCCUCCAGCCCUGCCAAGCAUGGCUACCCCAAAAGCUGCUGCACCUUGGAAGAUGUGCCUCUGAUCAGUAAGUGUGGCACAUAUCCCCCAGAGAGCUGCCUCUUCAGCCUUAUUGGGAACAUCGGGGCUUUCAUGGCUCUGCAGGGGGAGCCUACAGCUAAGGAACUGCCCAGCUGCUCAAGUGCACAGCCCACUCGAGAGUGUAAACCCCAAAUUAUACCAUCUUGCAUGGCACAGAGAACUGUACAGCUGGUGCUGAUCUGCUUCCUGCGCUACGGGCAGCUGAUUGAGCAGAGCCACCGCUCCUGGGUCAACACGACGGCGCUUGUCGCGGGCUGCACCAACGCUGCCGGCCUCGUCGUGGUUGGCAACUUCCAGGUGGACAACGCCAAGUCCCUGCACUACAUCGGGGCAGGCAUCGCCUUCCCGGCCGGGCUGCUCUUCGUCUGCCUCCAGUGCAUCCUCACCUACCACACUGCCAUCAGCGCCCUGGACGGCUGGAUGGCGCACCUCCGCGUCUCGCUCACCGGCGUGGCCUUAAUCGCCCUCGUCCUCAGCGGUGUCUUCUUCAUCCAUGAGAGCCCCCUGCUGCAACACCUGGCGGCUAUCUGUGAGUGGGUCUUCGUCAUCGACAUGCUGGUGUUCUAUGGCACCUUCGCCUACGACUUCGGGGCCGUCUCCACCGACACCCUGGUGACGGCGCUGCAGCGGGCCAGCAGCCGGGGCUGCAAGUCGCCCGGCGGCAGCAGCACCUCCACCCACCUCAACUGCACCCCUGAGAGCAUCGCCAUGAUCUGAGCAGGGGCUCCCCUCCCCCCCUCUUUGAUUUUGUACCAAAAAACAUUUUUUAAAGGAAAACACAGUAUUGGGGCUGCCCCCCACAGCAGGGCCGAGCCCAGCAGACCUCCCUGCUGGCCAGCCUAGCUGCUGCAUCGAUGGCCAAAGGGCACCCUCGGGUGGGGCCGACAUCCUUCUCCUACCCGGGCUGGCUCCCGCAGGCCUUCACUCCCUCUGCAGAUCAGACCCCUGCCGGCAGCAGCUGCUCAGGGAAAGGAGACCGGAGCUGGCUGCAGGGCGCGACUGCUCAUGCAGUCGGGGCAGCCUCUCCUGGGCGGGAGCCCUCUGCACAGGUUCCCUUGCUCAAGCCCCUGCCCCAUUCAGGAAGGAUUUGGGGUAACCCCAUAGCAAAGUGGGGGGGACGCACAGGGCUGUUCGAACAUGUCUGACCUUCAGAGGGAGGGUCUUUUUUCCCCCACCCGUUAACCCCUCUCCUUCCUCUCCCAGUCCUGGGGGAGGUCGUGGCAGUGGGAUGGGGGAUGACGUGGCAGGGGGUAGAGGCCUCGAUCCCCAUCCUUCUGAGCCGGUUUCUUUGGGUAAACCGGAUUGGUAUUUUUAGUACUUUUUAUAUCUCUAAGGUGUAUAAAGAGACUUGUAUUGGA